AUGCCGGCAGCUCUGUUGAUUUGGCCAAAACAACAUGUGGAAUAUGUACUUUUGAAAAGCUUUGUUCUCCUCUGAAAUGCUGUGGUAAAUAUAUGUGCCAGGAAUGUCAACAAAAAGUGGUAAACUGUCCUUAUUGCCGUACAUUUUGGAGUCUUUUAACUGGAAAUCAGCCACCUGGUACAAUGUCAGUUUAUCUGAAGCAUGUUUCUGUUACUGGGUACGAAUCCUUCCCUACCUGGGAAAUUGAAUAUUUCUUUCCUUCUGGAAAUCAAAAGGACAAUCACCCAAAUCCAGGAGAACGUUACACAGGAAUGACUCGUACAGCCUAUCUACCUGCAACAGAUCAAAGCUUUCAUGUGUUGAAACUUCUACGGCUUGCAUUUCUUCGAAAACUGACUUUCACUAUCGGCCGUUCUUUAACCAGUGGCAGAGAAAAUUCCAUUGUUUGGAAUGAUAUUCAUCACAAAACAAGGCUUAAUGGUGGAUUGUAUGGCUACCCAGACCCAAAUUAUUUGCAAAAUGUUUAUGAAGAACUGGCCAGAAAAGGAGUAACUUUUGAUACAAUCUCACCAGAUGAGAUGCGUAAAAUUACAGAUUUUGAGUAUCAGAUUUCAGCUUCUGGAUACUUUGUUGAUGAGUAA